UAAUCAAAAUAUUUCUCCCAUUUUCCUUGACAUUAUGCCAUCUUUUGAAUAUUAUUUUUAUUUUUCUCUGUAUAAAACGGUGCAUGGUGCAUGGCGGAAUGAAGAUAUUGCGAUAGUAUGAACUUUUGAAGAUGUACAGCUUCAUUUUCAUCUUUCUUACGUUUCUGGGACUCUGUCCGUCCCAGGGCCUUCUUCCUCGCGCUUCAAUCCAAGAUUUGAUCAGUAAAAUUGGAAAUAUCAAUUACAGAGACAGAUAUGAUUACGAUUCUGGCCAAUAUCAACCGGACAAUAGUGGAAAAUAUGUGUCCGACAAUUUGGGAAGAUACGUGGAUCGGCAAAGAAAUUAUGGGGAAAAAUUUGGGACCCUUUCUGGAGCAGACAAAAAAGUACAAUUGAAGAGACCGAUAGCAAAAGGAGCUCUGAGACCAAUAACAACCGGUAGAUUAGCAGGAGGCAAUGAAUUUAGUGCAACCAUUAUCAAGUUCGAGAAAGACCAAUCGGCAGAUGGAUACCGCUACUCCUAUCAAACACAAAAUGGAAUCAACGCGGAAGAACAAGGAAAAUUAGAAAACGCUGGUUCCAACAAUGAAGCAAUAAGAGCGACUGGAUCCUUCUCUUAUACAGGGCCUGACAAUGUAAUUUACUCUGUAGAGUACCGUGCAGACGAGAAUGGAUUUCAACCAAAAGGAACCCACUUACCUUGAUGUUUCAAUUUUAUAAUAUUCACUCAGAAAAACAAUAUCCAUGAAAUGAAUCGAUACCUAAUGUAAUGAAUUAUUUUUAUCAUAAAAAAA